AUGGCACCCACCCGCCCCGAAGCCGUCUCGACCGCCAGCACCGAAUCACUCCACCAGCUCCCCUCGGGCGCACAGACGCCCGCCGCAGAGGUCCCCUCGCGCGCUGGAUCCCCGCUCGGGUUCCACAUCCCAUCCCUCCCUGGAUCUCGCGCGGCAUCGCCCACAGCGACCCCGGGGUCGUCGAGGCCGCCGUCGCCCCUCCUCCGCGCCAUGACCAACCUCUCGAUGAGCCAGAAAAAGCAGCGCAAGGAGGGUCAGCAGGACGGCAGCGACGACGAGACGGACAAGGAGGGCGACGACGGCGAGAAGGAGCGUCGUCCGUCGUUGGGAGAGUCGCUCUCGCGCAAGGGUUCCCUUAAGGCCCCUCUCCCCCGUCGCGGUUCCUCGCCCGCUCUCGCUCCUUUCCUCGCCAAGUACGACGAGUUCACCGGCUCGCCCUCGGGCAAGCUUGAGAAGAUUUGCGUCAUCGGCAGUGGGUCGUGGGGAACCGCGCUCGCUCGUCUCGCCGCCCAGAAUGCCGCCGAGAAGGACGGCUUUGACGAGGAAGUCCGCUUCUGGGUCCGCCAGCGCGAGAUCCCCGGCAAGGGCCUCUUGACCGACAUCAUCAACGAGACGCACGAGAACGCCCGCUACCUGCCCGAGAUGAAGCUACCGGAGAACCUCGUCGCGGUCCCGUCACUCACCGAGUGUGUCAAGGGCGCGACCUUGAUCGUCUUUUGUGUACCUCAUCAAUUCUUGCCGCCGGUCAUCAAGGAACUCUCGCAGCCCGGCGUGCUCGAGAAGGGCGCUCGCGCGAUUUCGGCUAUCAAGGGUAUCGACGUCGAUGUCAAGACCGCCGAGAUCUACACUUAUCCCUCCAUCAUCGAGAAGAAGCUCCGCCUGCCUUGCUCGGCGCUCGGAGGAGCCAACAUUGCGCUCGAGGUCGCCAACGAAGAGUUCUGCGAGACGACGAUCGGUUGCCCCGGGCCCGAGGACUGCGCGCUGUGGGAGGCCGUCUUCUCGACCGCCAUGUUCCGCGUCCACGCCGUCGAAGACGUCGCUGGCGUUUCCCUCUCCGGCGCUCUCAAGAACGUCGUCGCCCUCGCCGCAGGCUUUGUCGACGGCCUCAAGAUGGGCGGCAACACGAAAGCGGCGAUCAUCCGCAUCGGCCUCCUCGAGAUGUCGGCCUUCACACUCGAGUUCUUCCCCUCGGCUUCGGCGCACACCUUCUCUCACCACUCGGCUGGCGUCGCGGAUCUGAUCACGACAUCCUUCGGCGGACGGAACCGCAAGUGCGCCGAGGCGUUCGUCACGUCUGGCAAGACGUUUGACGAGCUCGAGAAGGAGUUGUUGAAUGGGCAGAAGCUGCAGGGCGUCGCGACGGCAGAGGAGAUCUAUGCGUUCCUCAAGGCA